GCGGGCUGGACUCCUGCAGGACCCAGAGGAUGGGGAUUAUACAGCUGUGUGCUAGAGGAGGUUUUGCAAAGUGCUGCUGGUCCGGCUGACAGCUCCAUGAUCUCUCGGUGGAGGUUCGGCUGAGGAGCUGUGUGCAGCAUGGGCACCGGGGACUACAUCUGCGUGACUCUGCGGGGGGGUGCACCCUGGGGCUUCACCCUGAGGGAGGGAGAGGGGGACACCUACAGACCCUUCCUAAUCUCCCAGGUGGAAGCCGAAGGUCGUGCCUCCCUGGCUGGAGUGUGUGAAGGUGACGAGGUGGUGUCACUGAACGGAGAGCCGUGUGCUGAUCUCACUCUGUUACGAGCCUGUGCAUUCAUCGACACAUCCAUCGACUGUCUGCAGCUGCUGCUCAAAAGAUCCUGCAUCGUCCCAUCAGAAGAAUAUGAAUCAGAAGAGACACACGCUGCAGAGAGGGACUCCUCUGGUGAGGCUGUAGAGAGCACCACCCUCCACAUCUUCCCCCCACAACACAGGUCCCAAAGCCCGAAGGAAAUCUACAUAUCCGAGGCCCAGGACGAGACCUGCUAUGGGGACACAGAGUUUCCCAAGAGUCCCCAACUGCUUUGUACCCAGCUCCAUGCUCCCUCGUCUGAUGAUCAGAAAGGUCCUAUUCUCAAGAAAAAUGAAGAACGGCAAUGCUUCUCCCCUGGGAACAUGGUGGAGCUCCAGGUGUCCCUGUCCGAGUCAACUUUGGAGGACGUGGGCUGCACCUCUCUGGGGAGUGCUAUGGGGAUAGACGGGGAACUCUCCAACAGAGAGGCUGUCCAGGAGAUCCACACCACCAGCAUAACGUCGCACUAUGUCCCACGGCCUGCCAGGGAGCCGCUCGGACAGCACGGGGUGGUGCUCAACUCCCCGUCCAUGCUGGGGCAGGUGGAGGUCAUUGUGCAGCAGCCAGGCGCAUCAGGAACAAGGAGGAGCAUCUCCAGGGUGGGAGGCCCUAGGGUCAAUGGGUCCCAAAGUGAAGGAGAGGAAGGAGGAGGGCCCUGUGAGAGAGUUCCUGGGUGUUUCACUGUCUCAUUUCCCUCAGAAGAGGCGACAGCAGCAGAAGAGCAGGACUCAGAGACUGAGGGGGAUCCAGACAAACCCAACAAGCAUCGGGCAAAACAUGCCAGGCUCAGGCGCAGCGAGAGUCUUUCUGAAAAGCAGGUGAAGGAAGCCAAGUCCAAAUGUAAACGUAUUGCUCUCCUUCUGUCGGCUGCUCCGCCUAACCCCAACAACAAGGGGGUGUUGAUGUUCAAGAAACAUCGGCAGAGGGCCAAGAAAUACACACUGGUGAGCUACGGCACAGGAGAAGACGAACCCGAGUACAGCGACGAAGAGGACGAGGAUACACAGGAAACCCACACUGUUGAAUUUACCCUUGUGGCUCCAAACGGUUCUGAAAUAGACAAGCACUUCCUCAUUAAUGCCCAAAGUGGCAAAAGUGUGCUAACUAUCAACUGGGACAAGGGUCUUCUGGAGAUUGAAAGGAACCUGAAAAACGGAGCAGAGAUGGAUUGUUUGCCUGACACACAGGGCAAGGGGGCUACAAUGUUUGCCCAACGGCGUUUAAGGAUGGAUGAGAUUUCUGCUGAACAUGAUGAGCUCAGGCGCCAGGGGAUACCCGUGGAAGCAGUACCGUUGAUUGAAAAGAAGAUGGAGGAGCACACUUACAUGCAGUCCACAACAGAGGGCCAUGCUUAUAUGGAUGUAAAUAUACACCAACAAAGCCAACAACAACAAGAGUACCAGCAAUAUCAGGAGCAGCAGUACUAUGAGCAACAACAGAACUACCAACAACAACAACUACAACUACAACAACAACAACAACAACAACAACAACAACAACAAUACCAGCAGCAGCAGCAGCAGCAGCAGCAGCAGCAGCAGUAUGAACAGCAGCAGCAGUAUGAACAACAGCACUAUCAACAGCAGCAAAUGUAUCAGCAGCAGCAGCGAGAAUAUCAAGAGCAACAGCAAAUGCAGCACUAUUCUACAAACAUCAAUGGCACAGUGCAACAUCAACACAGUGAAAUCCAGAGUUCUUUCAGUAAUCCAUCUGCAAAGCCUUUCGCUGCAGAAAACAUGGUGGCUGCUCCUUAUUCUCCCGCAAUGAGUGGGACCAAUCAAGAUUCUGUGGGCCAAGGAGAGCAGAUAGCCUCCCGGGAUGAGCGCAUUGCUACCCCUGCGAGUCGGACUGGGGUUUUGUCCGACGCAAGGAGAAGAAAUGCUGGUAAGCCUAUGUUCUCGUUUAAGGAAGCACCUAAAGUAUCGCCUAACCCAGCACUGCUAAACCUCCUCAACAGAAAGGAUAGGAAGUUGGGUGUUGAGUCAGGAGGCGAGGAAGACUACCUUAGCCUUGGGGCUGAGGCUUGUAAUUUCCUGCAAUCUCAACAAAUUAAACAUAAGGUUCCUCCACCUGUGGCUCCAAAGCCUGUGAUCGACCCCAACUCUCCUCCUUGGACACCGCAGAUAGAAAUGAUCAACCAGGACAUGCCUCAACAAGCUGAAAAUAGUGUUUUCACACCUGCUCUAGCCCCCACCAUAGAGACAACCCCUGCUCCAGAACUAGAGCCAACCCCUGCACCUGCCCCUGAGCCCUCCCCCCCUCCUGCCCCCCAGGAGGCUCCUGCCAGCAAUCCCACUGUGGAACAGCCCACAUGGGCUCUACAAGAACCUGAAACUCAACAGCCUCUGCAAGUGACGGCUCAGGAGGAGAAUGGUCAUACGAAUUGUCCCCCGCAGCAUGAGCUUGCUCCUUGCUGGGCUCCAGCACAAACCGAGGCACAACAACAGCCACCUACCAAUUCUUGGCCUCCAGCUCAAGUGCAGCCCGAGGUACCACCUCAAAGUCAGUCGCCACCCCAGCUACCUUGGGUGACACGUCUACCUGCACAGACCCAAGUACAGCCUCAAGUACAGCCUCAACCUCCUACAAAUAAUUGGAACCCUCAAAUUCAGCCAGCAUGGACCCAACCUCAAGAGCAACCACCGUCUCAUCCUCAGGCUCAGCCCCCCUGGACACACUCUCACGAGCAGCCAAAUAUGCCGCAGUCACAACCACCUUGGGGUCAACCCCAAGAACCAAUGCAGCAGCAGCAACCCCAGGCUCCAUGGGCACAACCAUCACAGGCAGACUCUCAGCCUCAACCACCAUGGAUGCAACAACCGCAGCAGAAACCCCAAGCACAACCUCCUUGGGCUCAACCGAUUCAAACUGAAUCUCAGCCACAGCAGCCAUGGGUUCAGCAACCACAGCAUCAGGCACCACAACCAGCAUGGCCACAGGCGCAAGCACCAUGUCAGCCUCAACCACCUUGGGUCUCAGCUCCACCUCAACAGCAGCCUCAAAUUAAUGCAUGGCCUCCAUCACAAACUCAAGCCCAAGUUCAGCCACCUUGGAUCCAAGCAGCCCCAUCACAACUUCCUGCGCAGCCUCAAGCCAUCGUGAAUCCAUGGAUGCCAGUACCAGCCCAGGCUCAGUCCCAACCAUCAUGGGCCCAGAACCCUACAGAACCUGCUCAGCCACCCAUUAAUUCUUGGGCCCAAGAGCAAAAUCAGACCCAACCUCAACCCCAAAAUCAACCGCCUUGGGCUCAACCAGGUCCACCACAGCCAACGUCACAGCCAAACUGGCAACAGUCCUCUUCUCUACCACAGCCACCGAUUAAUACAUGGCCUCAACCUCAGACACAACCUCAGACACCUGUGAAUGCCUGGGCACCACAGCCACAGCAAACACCUGUGAGUGCUUCCACAACAAUGGUAAACACUCAGCCUUCACCAAAACCUUGGCAACCACCACACAAUCUCCCACAAGCAAGGAGCCCUCCAACUCCACCACAGCGAAUGCACUCUUUCAACAUCAGUCAACAUUCUUCAUCUCCCAUCAACCCAAUGGCGAGUGUCUUAAACCCAGCAACCCAGGGUUCAUCUUGUGAUAUGCCAGCCGUCAGAGGGAAAGGAGCUGAUAUGUUCGCUAAGAGGCAGUCUCGUAUGGAGAAAUAUGUUGUGGACUCUGAGACUGUGGAAGCAAACAAGGCAACCCGGGCACCAUCACCAGUUGCAUCCUUACCAAAUGAAUGGAAAUACACAUCUAGCGCUUUUGGCAGGAGCUACUCUCUCUCCCCUCUAGCCAGAGUGCCAUCCAUGGGCCAGCAGUCAGUGUCUGCUGCCUCCCAAAAGCCUCAAGCUCGGGCCUCCACCGCCCCCCCGACAAGCCAGACAUCCUGGCUAGAGAAGGGGCGCAGACCCAUCAUGCCCUGGGAGGCCGCCUCCCGGCACCCCCUGGGCCUGGUGGAUGAAGCAUUUUGUCUCCAGAACCUCCAUCAGAGCCUGGCCACAAACAUACGCCUGGCAGCCCAACGCAAGAAGCUGCCCGAGCCGCCGGCAGAGUGGAAGGCCUGCUCGUCAUACCAGGCCCCGCAGAGGACCGGCAGCCAGACCUGGAGCCAGAGCCAGAGCCGAACUCAGAGCCGGGGCCCGCUACCGUGGUUUGGGUCCCUCACAAGGAGCUCUGCCCCGGUUCCUGCAGAGCCUGCUGGGUACAGGUCUCUCCCCAGACAGUGGCAGCCUCAGAGGGCAGUCACUCAGGAACCCCUGGGGUCCUCGGGUUCCUCCUUCAUGUUCAACAGAGCCACUGAAAAAAAAACGUACAAGUCUGUGUACACCGGCAACAUCUGGAGCUGGAAGCGGUAGGAUCCUUUGAUGGGCAAAAUCCAAACUUUCACUAAAUGCAUUUACUUUAUUAAUUAAUCUUAACAGUUUCAGAGUGAGCUCUUAAAUAAUUAAGUGGACUUUUGGAAAGAUUUUUCUGUUAAAUAUCUAGUAUGAAAUUCAUUUUGCAUGCCAUAAUGAAAUGCGAAAAGUGAGGGUUAGGAAGAUAAUUAGGAUCUGGCAUAAGGGAAAACACUUUCGGUUGAUUUAUUCUCAAAGGUUUAGUAUCAAUAUUUUGAAUUUUAUUCUCAAAAUGGAAACAUUUUUAAAUGCUUUCACCCAUUUUUUGCCCUUUUUCCUGUAAAGGAGAUGAUUAUGCUAACAGUAUAUUGAGACUUAAAAAUAAUUGAUGUUGUAUUAACUAGCAAUUGUGUAGUUUGGUAAAUACUCUGAAGUGGGUUCAUCAGAUGAGGUAACAGCAUGUUGUUUAGAUUGGAUAGAAUGAGUUUGAAUGGACAUGUUUAUUUCAAAAUAAGUGGGAAGAUUUUAUGGAUUGUUAGAUGAUGUAAACUGAUGUUUAGUUUAUCUUUCAGAAGAUAUGUAAGGAUGAAAGAUAGUAAAACAGUGACCCCCACCUACCAGAAAGCUAAAGUGAAGAUUAUCCCUUAAAUAGUUUGUUCUGAGAUUUUGGAUUUUCUGUUCAUUUCUUAUGUAGAUGUUUGUAUUUAGUGUGCAGUGAUUGUGCACCUGCUGAUUUUUGGUGAUUUUGAAUCUAUAAAAUUGGAGAAUGAGUUGCUGUUUCCAGGUCGGCUAAACAUUUCACUGUCAGAAUCCAAUUAGUUUGCUUAAAACUUGGGGAAAGGUUAGUGCUAUAACUCAGCAUGUUGUGUGAGCUCUAAAAUACAUUCACUUAUUUACCAGGUGAAUUUUAAUUAAACCAUGGAAGAUGAAAAGCUGAAAUUAAAGCAUUUUUUAACGUUCCCUAGGAUUGUUUGGUAACUCGUUCUAUGAGGGAUGGGUUACUUAUCUUGGGUUUACUGGCACUGGGUGAAUUGCUUAGGAUCUGUAAUGAGUUGCUUUAUUUUAAGCUAGUUUCCAAAGAGUGUACAUAAUGUCCUAAUGUGAUUCUCACCGAGCAAUCUCAUAACCAUAAAUAAGAUUUAUCACGCAGCAUUGUGUUGUGUGAGGCAAUGCAGUGUAAUUAUCAAAGAUAAACGCAUUGUGGCCAUAACACAAAACCAGUAAUCAUUUCUGUUUUGAUAUGAAUUCACAUAAAGUAAAAAUAAAUACAACCAAAUCGCACCAUUUCA